AUGUUUUGUCGACGUUGCCCACAGUAUGAGCUGGUUGAAUCGACAAAUGGCGCGAUAGAUCCCCAUCCUCGGCUUUGCACCUUCCUGGAAGGUUGUAAUGGAAAUCACGUCUCCGCACAUUUGGACGGGUCUAAUCAAGGACAUGCUACGGAGUACAGUGCGGUGGAAUAUCACUUGGUCGGUUCCAUUUUGACUGACCGGGGCUAUUUGAGAGUUGCAAUCAUGAGCUUGGGGAAUGGCGAGACGUGGUUCGUUCGUUUGAAUGCGUUGUUAUUGCCUUUUUCUGGCCUACUCAAAAGAUUUUGA